CUCUCUCUCUCUCUCUCUCUCAAGGUGGUCGGGGUCAAAUGCAAUAACAUAAAAGCUUUAAAAAAGGCCUUAAAAAGAAAGCUGAUUGCGGAAAGCAAAUAGCUUUUUCUUCCUCUCAAAACACGCUCUCUCUUUCUUUCCUUCUAUCAGUAAAGCCGAAACCCACUUAUUCCAACACUUCACCACCACCACCACCACCAGCAGUAAAGCUGAAACCCAAUGCUAGACAACGACGCUACUACUCCAUCUUCUUCUUUCGUACAGAACGAUCUCUCCAACAAAAGAAAGAGAAAACCAGCCGGCACACCAGAUCCAGAUGCAGAAGUUGUUUCCUUAUCUCCCAGGACAUUAUUGGAAUCAGACAGGUAUGUGUGCGAGAUCUGCAAUCAAGGUUUCCAGAGAGAUCAGAACCUUCAAAUGCAUAGAAGAAGGCAUAAGGUGCCAUGGAAGUUGUUGAAAAGAGAGACACAAGAAGUGAAGAAGAGAGUUUAUGUUUGCCCUGAACCAAGCUGCUUGCACCAUGACCCUUGUCAUGCUUUGGGAGAUCUGGUUGGGAUUAAGAAGCACUUUCGGAGGAAACACAGCAAUCACAAACAGUGGGUCUGUCAGAGAUGCUCUAAAGGUUAUGCUGUUCAAUCUGAUUACAAAGCUCAUCUCAAGACCUGUGGAACCAGAGGUCAUUCUUGUGACUGUGGCCGUGUCUUUUCCAGGGUUGAGAGUUUUAUUGAACACCAAGAUGCUUGCACUUUGAGGAUGGUGCAACCAGAUCAAUUACAGGCAUUGCAGCCGGCGUGCACAUCCCGAGCAGCUUCCAGCACUAGCCCUUCGAGCGAGGCCAACUUCCACAUAGCUCCAUUGCCAUCUCGAGCAAUUCCAAAAACAACUCAUGAGCAGAACAAUAGUAACGCUGCUUCUACGUCUGAAGAUGUUCAGCGAAAACGUAAUCUUGAACUUCAGCUCCUACCCUCAUCAAACGCUAGUUCAGAUGAAAAUUUUGCAACUAAUUUGAAGCUCUCAAUCGGUUCUUCAAGUGAAAAGGGGGGCAUGAACAAGUCAAAUUUGGAUAAAGAUGCCAUUGAGUGCACGAUUGAAGUAACAAGAUUGAAGGAUUUUGCAAGUGAGCAGCUAAAGCUGGCCGUGGCGGAGAAGGCGUAUGCUGAACAGGCUAGACAAGAAACGAAAAGGCAAAUUGAGAUGGCUGAGCUUGAAUUCGCAAAUGCAAAGAGAAUAAGACAGCAAGCUCAGGCUGAAGUUGAAAAGGCUCAUCUUUUAAGAGAUCAAGCAACCAAGAAGAUUAGUUCAACCAUCAUGCAAAUCACUUGCCAAUCUUGCAAGAACCAAUUUCAAGCAUCAAUGUCUAAGGCCGAUGAGACCACGCUCGCCACGAGUUACAUGUCCUCAGCCACAACAGAAGGGGAGGAAGAGUGAUCAUGGCAAACUCAAAAUACAACCCUACUUGACCAAAAUUUUCUUCUUUUAUUAUUUUUUUUUCCCUUUUGGAUUUCUGGGUCUUAAUUUUCUCUGGGUUUAUAGAGUAGUUGUGGGUGUUGAUUAUUUUGAGUAUUUGUUAAAAGUGAUUGUAUUCAUUUAAUGUAUCAUCAUUUGUUUGGAAGAAAAAUACAAAUGCAAUAAUAGCUUUAUUUUCAAAAA